AUGGAAAAUCCUACAGAAAUACAUUUGUUGGCUGCCAAGAGAAUCCUUCGAUACUUGCAAGGAACAAGAACUUUCGGGAUAUUUUACAAGAAGGGUGUAAAAUCUGAUUUAGUGGGAUUUACUGACAAUGAUUAUGCAGGAGAUCAAGAUGACAGGAAGAGCACAUCAGGUUAUGUUUUUAUGAUUGGUACAGGUGCUAUUUCUUGGGCAUCGAAGAAGCAACCAAUUGUCACUUUGUCAAGCACAAAAGCUGAAUUUGUUGCUGCUACAGCUUGUGCAUGCCAAGCCAUUUGGCUAAGGAGAAUUCUUGAAGAACUUCACUUCAAGCAAGAAGGAGCAACUUUAAUUUAUUGUGACAAUAAUUCUGCAAUUAAAUUGUCAAAGAAUCCAAUUUUACAUGGGAGAAGCAAGCAUAUAGAUGUGAAGUAUCAUUUCUUAAGGGAUCUUACAAAGGCUGGUAUAAUUGAUCUUAUUUUUUUGUAG